GGCAGAGACACACAACCUAGAAGACACUUUUUCCAAAGCACCUCACUUCCAUCCCUUGUCCCCCUGCUCUCUCCCUUGCCUUCAUGUCCACUGCAAGUGACUGGCAGCAAGACCAUGAGGUAGGGAAGAAGAUCAAGAGUGAGUCGGCGGCGGAGGCGGACCGGAUGAUGGCGGCGGCACGGAGGAGUAGCAGCCUGCCUGCAGCAGGCGCAGGACCAGGAUCGACACCGUCGUUCAACACGAUGACCCCAUGUGCCGCAUGUAAGCUGCUCCGGCGGCGGUGCGCGCAGGAGUGCCCCUUCUCGCCAUUCUUCUCGCCGCUAGAGCCGCACAAGUUCGCCUCCGUUCACAAGGUCUUCGGCGCGAGCAACGUCUCCAAGAUGCUCCUGGAGGUGCACGAGAGCCAGCGCGGCGACGCGGCCAACAGCCUGGUGUACGAGGCGAACCUGCGGCUCCGCGAUCCCGUCUACGGCUGCAUGGGCGCCAUCCUCACCCUGCAGCAGCAGGUGCACGCCCUGGAGGCCGAGCUCGCCGCCGUCCGCGCCCAGAUCCUCAAGCACAGGUACCGCCCUGCCGCCGCCGCGGCGGCGUCCGCGGUGCCCAACGUGCCCCCGUCCUCGCACGCCUCACAGCUCCUCGCCGCCGGAGGCCACCGGCCGGCUGGGUCGCUGGGGCUGGCAGCGCCGGCGGUGGGGCCUGUGGCUUCCGCGUCGUCGUCAACCACGGUGUACGCCGCGGCGUCGAGCUCCACGGACUACAGCUCCAUCACGCAUGAGAAUGUUCCGUUUUUUGGUUGAGGCCGUUGUACUAGUCUAGCGUUAACGACUGAGACCUUCUUUGAAUGUAACUUAAUUUUUGUUUGCCUUUUUCUCUACACGUAGUAGACCUUGUGAAAAUACUGGAAUAACAGGCUUUUUCCAGAAAUUAUUUUGCUUUAAUUUGUG